UUUUCUGUGCUGUACGAAGAUCAAUCUCCACAUACACGAGUACUAUUUCCUCUAUUUGUUAUUCGAAUCUGCAAAAUCUAACGCCAUAACUGCCAAGCAGGGUGGAAUAAGCAUUCCAGAGUGUAAAAAAUAUUUUAUUUAUCAACGAAUCGUAUACCAUAAAACCGGUCCUCAGAAAGUGAAAAUAUUAAGGCGGAUCCACGGCAAAAUAAUGUCGAAGACGAGCUCGGCGAUGUAAAUAUCGCAUCAGCGACUUCGUGUCGUCGUUCUUGUCGAAGUUUCUUCGUGAUUUAUAUCUCAUUUGUCAAUUACUUGCGAGACAUGGGCUGCGAGGGAGCGGCUGACGCAUCGAAGCGCAUUUUAGGAAAUGAAAUAGGACGCUUUAAUUUUACACCUCGGCUAUACGGAUGUUUUAAUUUCGCUCUCAUUCAUUCACCUGACAACCAAUCGCACCCACACCAAAACCAAACAUCUAAACUAGACCAUAGAUUACCUACCAGAUGUUGACAGUAAGGCAACAAAGAAAUCUCACUCGGGGAAUUCCACUUAUAGGUAGAUGAGGUGAGUAAAUUUGUGGCUGCUGAGUCACCUGCAGUACGAUGAGCCACGAAGUGAAAAGAGAAAUUUAUCGUCGAUAUAUGGACAUCUUUAGGUAUCACCCAAGGUCAAUAUUUACUUGCAUAGGUAUAGGUACGUUACAACAUUGAAAUGUUGGACGAAGAAAUAGAUACUUGUUUGGGUGACAAUAUUGGUUUCUCUGUAAAAGUGAUCUCGCAAUCGACGAUCAAUUUCUUUUUUUCGUUUUACGGAGAACAGAUGCCACUCUGACUUCUCAAUUGGAAUUUUUUUCUCAACCUUCCCCUUUGCACUUCACACACCGUCUAGAGCACACACAUUUGGCACUCAAAUGGAAAUUUCAUCCAUACUUACCUACUAUACCUUUCAAUACACUGCAAUUGCAAGCACCUCACUCUUAUGAUUCAGCAUAGAUCCCAAUCUUGCAACUAGUUCACCUCCACUUUCAACGUAAUUAAGAAUAUUGAAGAGGAAAACUCACAAGGGAACCUCUUGAGGUGUCACACUCCGAUUUGAACGGGACCGCGAUUUUGGAAAGAGCAUAGUCUAAAACCCCCAAAAUCAAAUUUUCAGCUGCCCAAGUUCAUUUUUCGAUUUUUGGCGAAUUUUUGAAAAUUAUUCAAAAUUGACUGGUUUUGGCGAUUUAUGUUUUUUUUUAAAAGUACGUACUUGAUCAGUAAAAAUGGUCAGAAUAAGUCCCAAAACUAAUAUUAUUUACCCAAAUCCAAAUUUUACCAUUUUCAGCCAUUCUGGAGCUUCCAGCGCGAUUUUUCAAAUUCGCGAGAAUUUUGAAUUUGCUCCAGAAGGCGUGAAUACAAAGAUGGACAGCUAAAAAUCGAGCUGUAAAUUACACACGACCUUUUUAACGAGUUUAUGCACAUUUGAGCCGAUUUUGAGAGUGACACCUCAAAAGUGGCUUUUCGACCAGCUUUUUUCAAAAUCAAAAAAUCAAAAGUUUCCCGUUUGUGCGGAAAUUUUCGAAAUUCACGCAAAUCGCUAUAUUUUGUCCAAAAAAAAAAACCAAAUCCAAAUUUCACAAUUUCCAGGCAUUCUAGAGCCUCUAGCGCGAUUUUUCAAUUUCUCCAGAAUUUUGAAUCUGCUCCAAAAGGCGUGAAUAUGCAGUUGGGCAGUUAAAAAUCGAGUUGUGUAUUAUACUCAACCUGUUUAACGAGUUUAUCCACAUUUGAGCCGAUUUUGGGAGUGACACCUCAAGAGUGGUUUUUUGACCAGCUUUUUUCAAAAUUAAAAAAUCCAAAAAGUCAAAAGAUAACCGUUUAUGAGGAAAUUUUUUAAAUUUUUGCGAAUCGCUGUAUUUCUUCAAGAACUAACCCCCGGAGCGCAAAUUCUACCAUUUCCAGCCGUUUUGGAGCGAGAGUGAGACCUCAAAAAACCACUCUUGAGGUGUCACUCUCAAAAUCGGCUCAAAUGUGGAUAAACUCGUUUAACAGGUCUAGUGUAACAUACAACUCGAUUUUUAGCUGCCCAACUUCAUAUUCACGCCAUCUGGAGCAAAUUCAAAAUUCUGGAAAAAUUGAAAAUCGCGCUGGAGGCUCCAGGAUGGCUGGAAAUUGUAAAAUUUUGACUUGAGGUGUUAGUUACGGAUAAAAUACAGCGAUUCGUGCAAAUUUCAAAAAUUUUCUCACAAACGGUUAUCUAAAUAGAGUACUCUCACUGGAGAGAUACUUUAUAAAAUAGCAGAGUAUACUCUCACUGGAGAGAACCCUGCACAUGUCAUGUAACUAACUUGUUCAAAGUCAGAAAUAUUACUUAUUUAAGGUCUCCUUAAGAUUGUAAUAAACCUUGUUAAAUAAAAAAAAAUAAAAAAAAAAAUAAAAAAAUAAAAAAAUUUUUUAAUUUUGAAAAAAGCUGGUCGAAAAGCCAUUUUUGAGGUGUCACUCUCAAAAUCGGCUCAAAUGUGGAUAAACUCGUUAAACAGGUCGUGUGUAAUAUACAGCUCGAUUUUUAGCUGUCCGACUUCAUAUUCACGCCUUCUGGAGAAAAUUCAAAAUUCUGGAGAAAUUGAAAAAUCGCGCUGGAGGCUCCAGAAUGGCUGGAAAUUGUGAAAUUUGGAUUUGGGGGGUUAGUUUUGGACAAAAUACAGCGAUUUGCGUGAAUUUCGAAAAUAUCAAUACAAACGGGAAACUGUUGAUUUUUUGGAUUUUUUAAUUUUGAAAAAAGCUGGUCGAAAAGCCACUUUUGAGGUGUCACUCUAAAAAUCGGCUCAAACGUAGAUAAACUUGUUAAACAGGUCGAGUAUAAUACACAACUCGAUUUUUAACUGUCCAACUUCGUAUUCACGCCUUCUGGAGCAAUUCAAAAUUCUGGAGAAAUUGAAAAAUCGCGCUGGAAGCUCCGGAAUGGCUGAAAAUGGCAAAAUUUGGAUUUGGGUAAAUAAUUAGUUUUGGGAGUUAUUUUUACCAUUUUUACUGAUCAAGUAGGUACGUACUUUUUAAAAAAAAGCGUAAAUCGCCAAAACCAGUCAAUUUUGAAUAAUUUUCAAAAAUUCGCCAAAAAUCGAAAAAUGAACUUGGGCAGCUGAAAAUUUGGUUUUUGGGGUUUUAGAUUAUGCUCUUUCCAAAAAUCGCGGUCCCGUUCAAAUCGGAGUGUGACACCUUCAUGCAGAGGUUCGUCGAGGCAGACAAAAAACGUGAUGUACCUAUACAUAUCUACCACGUCAACGACAUAACGAAAAAUUAGAAAUUUCACCAAACAAAAGAACCUCUCCGUGCUGAGAGCGGCGAUUAAUAAACGCAGAUACCAAUUAGAAAAACCACCUGAUAAAUAUAUUUAUCAAGAAAUCAAAAUCUAAGAGUAGAUACCUACUCCUAUACUUAUUAUACCUUUGGGGCAAUGCAUUGAUAAACAUGCGAGAAAUUAUCGAACUCGAACACGUAGGUAUGUGCUGGGUAUGGUCGUAAAAUUACGACUUAGUUUACGAGAAAGAAAAGUUACUAUAGGCGUAAGAUUAUUUAAUAAAACGAUCGCAUUUUUAGAACAUGUUCUUGCGUGAGAUGCCCUUUAGCGUCGUGUCGGGAAAUCCCAGCUUGAUCGACGAGUUGGGAUUCAAGAUUAUAUUAUUUUGAAGGUGUUUUUAUUCAAAAAAAAAAAAAAAAAUGAACGUGCGAGUAGAAAUAGGUACUUUUUCGGAUUGCGCUGCAGUCUGAAUUUAGAUUUCCAAGUAGUUCACGGUGAAGGUAAAAUCGACACGAAGUCUCACCGAGUCUGCUUCCACUUUACCUAUUCUCGUCCUCGUCGUACCCGCCCUCCCCCCGUCUACGCUCAUUUUAAUUUCACAUCUUCCUAUAUUUCUUUUUUAAUGUUUACUUUCUUAUAGAAUUUCUUCUUAUUCGGUACCUAUACGAUCGCGCGCGUAAUGCUCAUCAUCCUAGGUGCAGUUUAGUGUCCUGUGAGACGCUCCCGGUCGCGACGCGUCUCUGUUCGAAUAAUACAAAAAUUUCGCUUUCAGUGACACCUCUGGUGCGUGCUUUAAAUUUUCACACCACUAAUUCGACCCCUAAUCCUGGACGCGUACAAUGCGAUCGUCGCCGCGAUAAAGUUACGUACCUAUAAUAUGCUCGCGAUUUACCUCACGUUACCUGGAUAAUUCGCGCGAUAACCUUUUAUAAACCGUAUCCGAAGACAUGGAUUUUUUGAGAAUAUGUGCGAAAUUGCGUAGUGCUUUAGUACCUCAGUUAUUUGUAGUUACCGUGAUUACCUCAGCCCGCAUACAAUUCCCACCUCAAGACCAAGCCGACCAACUCAUCCUGUGCAACAACUCGGCUAUCCUCAACCUAACCUCAACCAAAUUCCUCUACAACAUUAACGGCGUACCCUGCUCAGUCCCACAGGAAGAACCCAACAAAAACUACGAACUGCUCACCAACACCAGCAACCAGUUCGCCGAUUGGCCAUUUAAUUUAACCUGGAAUGACGCCCAAUUCAAUGGUGACUCGUCCGACGACGUACAAAUCUUACACGAAAGCUCGACUACCAGAAGCUCAUCACCCAAUUUCCAAGUCGUACCGGUUCACAGUGCUCAGCCCGAACAGCUGAUAUCCGAAAACGAGGUAAUUUCUUUACAAAAUCAAUAUAGAUGGAUACUGGAUAAGCCGACCACCACGUGGAAGAAGAGAUAUACGCCUUUGAAUAAUGGAACUACUCAAACCAACACCAAUGCGCUCAUCGAGGCGUUUAAAAACAAAACCAAACCUAUUAAACCACUUUCGUACGAGGACCAAAAAGGAUUUCAAAACGAUUUUUUAGAUAUUUUAGGAAAAGUGAUCCCUCAAACAUGUUGGUAUAACGGAAACACGUUCGAUUGCAGUUUGAGCAUAUCCUGUAUCAUUGACGGAGGCAAACCAUUAGAUUUAUGCAGCGGCGGAUUGAUAUGGAGUUGUUGCAUUACUCCAGACAAGGUGAACUCCGCGACCAGCACCCCAACAGUUAACAAUCAACCAAGUACACUGUCAGAAAAUACAACUCUUCAGUACUUGGUACUACAACAUCCGGAAUUCCAGCAUUUAUAUUAUUUGAAAUUAAAACAAAAACAACAACAGUUGCAACAGCAAUUACUUCAGCAGCAGCAGCAACAACAACAACAACAGCAGCAGCAGCAGCAGCAACAACAAUAUCAGCAAUAUUUAUACCAAAAUCAACCGGAUAAACCGUAUUAUCAACAAAGUUACCACAAAAUAUAUAAAUUUCCAAAUAAAACCGCGUCGGAUGGUGAUUCGCAAUUUAUGCAAUCCAUCCAACACCACACCUAUCAUACGGCGCCAUUUUGGAUAAAUUCGGUAACAACAUCAACAUCGAAACCCGACUCAGGAACACAUACCACUUUGUAUUCAGUUACCAAUUCACUUAAUGUACAAACGACAUCAAAACCAAAUUACAGUUACCAAAUAAUUACCAGCUCAGAAGCAAUGCCGCAAGUUACAUCUCAGAGUCAAUUAACUGUCGGAUAUAAGGGUUGUGGAGAAUUAUUUUUGCGAAGUCAUAGAAUUGUCGGCGGACACACCACCAAUUUUGGAUCUCAUCCAUGGCAAGCGGCGAUCAUCAAAUCUGGUUUUCUCUCGAGGAAAUUAGCAUGUGGUGGAGCUUUAUUAACUAAUCGAUGGAUUGUUACUGCGGCUCAUUGCGUAGCGACAACUGCUAACAACAAUUUGAAAGUCCGCUUAGGUGAAUGGGACAUCCGAGAUAAUUUGGAACGACUGAGGCACGAAGAAUAUAACAUUGAAAGAAAAGAGGUGCAUCCUCAAUAUAGUCCUAGUGAUUUCCGAAAUGAUGUAGCUUUAAUUAAAAUCGAUAAGGAUGUGUCCUAUAAACAACACAUACUACCAGUAUGUUUACCAGAUUCAAAUACUAAAUUACCAGGACGUAUGGCGACGGUGGCUGGAUGGGGACGUAUGAGACAUGGUGUAACAACAAUGCCAACAGCUUUACAAGAAGUGGAUGUGGAAGUUAUACCAAACGAAAGGUGUCAAAAAUGGUUCAGAGCGGCCGGCAGACGAGAAACUAUUCACGAUGUCUUUUUAUGCGCCGGUUAUAAAGAAGGUGGUCGUGAUAGUUGUCAGGGCGACUCUGGUGGACCUUUGACGACCACGCUGGAUGGAAAAAAGACUCUAAUUGGAUUAGUUUCUUGGGGUAUCGGGUGCGGAAGGGAGCACCUUCCCGGUGUUUACACAAAUAUUCAAAAAUUUGUUCCUUGGAUCAAUAAAGUGAUGCUGUGAAAAGGCCAUAAAUAAAUGCUCAACGCGAGCAUAUUGCAUUAAUUUAAAGGAGUAGUCAAUGUUUUUAGCUCCAAUGUGACAUAUCAAGAUUUUUAAUUUAUAUUGUGUAUAGUUUUUCAUUGUUUUUCAUUCCCCUCCCUUGUAUUUUUAUGUCUUCCUCUGUGUACAUAGGUGUAUAAUUUUCUCUUUUUUUUUUGUGUAUAGUGAUGAUGAUGAAUAAGCCAUUAUUUAUUUUACGUAUUUGAUGAAAAAAAAUGUAAUAUAUACUUUCUUGUAUAAAAUUAUUUUCA